AUGUUGGAGAAAGGAACCCAAUCUCUUGUGAAUCGGACUAUUAAGCUAAGAGUCUUAGGGGGUUUGACCAAGAAACUUGCAGCGCCGCAAAAUGAAUCACUUCCAGAGCUUAAGCCUCAAUUAGAUGUCUAUCAGAAGUUCCUGGAGAAUCUUAGAGCCUUCCCUACAAAGAACAAGUCUGUCCCUAAUUCGCCUAUACGCUACUCGUAUUACAAGAUUGCUAACAAAGAGUCAGAAGCUGUUAAUAGGAACUUGCUAGAGUUGUUCGCUUCGAAAAAGUAUUUGCCAUUCCUUGCUUCAGAAAUUCCAAAAUUGCCUCCACCUUAUGUUGCUGCAGCUGCACCGAUGAAUCCUAAAAUUUCAGUUACUCAGUUGCUGACAGAUUCCUGGUGUGAACUAAGAUCUUAUUACGACUCGUAUGCUUGUUCCAGGGCAGCGCCCAGUGCUGCUAUGGUCUCUGGGACUGAACAGCAUAAGUCUCUGGAAGAUAGAACUCACAAACCUGAAAUUAAUGUCACCAAAGAGAUUCAAAAAAAUUUCACCCCAAUCAUGAUGGACCAGUUGAAAAAUUUCGAACGUACGUUGAAUCUGAUAAGCAGGUUUAUAGAUUUACUUACCAUUGGAAAGGCCAGGGAGUUUGCAGUGACUGCGAUAAUCAAUAAAGAAACCAAAGAGUUGAUUGACGUGAAUAAUCUGCAAAAAUUGGCGUUUGUCCACCAAAAAUCUCCUUGCUAUAAUGAUCAGUUUAUUUUGGCUUCUGGCUACUUGGAUUACCUGAGAAGUGAAUCGUACGUCAAUGGUCUGGAGAAGGAAAAGUGGAUUCAAAACAACUACUCUUUGAACACGUUAUUAGAAACUUCGAUAAAGGGACCACUUACGGUUAUUGACGUUAAAACUAGAGGUAAACCGAUUGUGACAAAGUCAAAAGGUGUACUGAUCGGUCAUCGAUACCAAAUCGGUCUUUAUCGUAAAUUUCUAGGGCUAAUGAGUGGGGAGAACGUCAGUGGAAUCAAUUCCCCAAUUUCAGUCGAUCAAAUUAAUGAAACGGCCUACACCUUAUUGGUUACGGAUUCAGUUCAAAGAGGCUAUGAUGUCGAUGAGCCUGUUGAUCCAGUAGUAGGGCUCGUCAUGCUAGCAAACAAUCCUUGGAUCAUUACAAUGCUUGAACAGAUCUGUGUCAACGAUUUGCUUGGUAACUCGUUGUAUGACACAUUUCAUGCCCAACAAUCCACGGAUUACUCGUGGGAUUUGUCUCAAGUCAAUCCCAAAGACUUUUAUCAGGUUCUUGAGCCGUCACUUCUUCAGAGAACCGAACAAUUAUUCACCAAAUGGAAACGUCCUCUGUCUCUCCGUUCAAUAACAGCAUUAAUCAGCAAAUUUUAUCCCCUCAUAUCAAAAAAGCUCUCCCAAAAUACCAAAAUCAUGUACUAUACCGACGGAGAGUGUUUUCACACCUCCAAUUAUUUAUACAACCCCAAAGCAAUUAAUACCUUCAUGGAGGAUAAAGUCAAGUUCCUAAUUGGCCAGAGGCCUCCUCGGCCGAUAGAAAAGUCAGAAAUACCCCAAAAAUGUGGAUUCUGCCGGUUUCAAUCCAUUUGCGAAUACUCUAAUCUUUACAACCCCGUCACAUAG